UUGCAAAUCCCGUCCACCAUGAGACUCAACUCUGACAACUUUUCCUCUUGAAAAUUUCCACAUAUCAUUCUUACCAAUCACUCACGCCCACACCAACAAUACAAUACAAUCUCACACAACUCCACCCUCAUCAAAACCUAAAACCAUAUACACCAAUUCAUUCAAUAAUUCACAUAGUACAGCACAACCAAUUUCCCUGUCAUCUUGUAAUAUAACCACCUCACUCACAAUUUUUCCAUCUAAACUCAAAAAACACAAGACAACAAUAACAAACAACUUCAUAGUACCAUAUCUCAGAUCCAACAAAAAUGGCAGACAUAGUUAAACAAUUGUUAGCAAAACCGAUCCAACUAGCAGACCAAGUAAGCAAAGCAGCUGAAGAAGGAAGCUCAUCUUUCAAACAAGAAUGUCUAGACCUCAAAUCAAAAACCGAAAAACUCGCUUCUCUUCUCCGACAAGCUGCAAGAUCAAGCUCCGAUUUAUACGAACGACCCACACGUCGUAUCAUCGGAGACACCGAACAAGUUCUUGAAAAAGCACUCACUUUAGUCCUUAAAUGCAAAGUCAACGGUCUUAUGAAACGUGUUUUCAGCAUAGUUCCUUCUGCAGCUUUUCGUAAAAUGUCUUCUCAUCUUGAGAAUUCAAUUGGGGAUGUUUCAUGGCUUCUUCGAGUUUCAGCUCCGGCUGAAGAAGGUAGUUAUGAAUGUCUUGGGCUGCCACCAAUUGCUUCAAAUGAACCGAUUUUGGGUUUAAUUUGGGAGCAGAUUGCGAUUUUACAUAAUGGGUCGUUUGAUGAUCGAUCUGAUGCUGCUGCUUCUUUGGUUUCUCUUGUUCGUGAUAAUGAUCGGAAUGGGAAAUUGAUUAUUGAAGAGGGUGGUGUUGGGCCUUUACUGAAACUUUUGAAAGAAGGUAAGAAAGAAGGUCAAGAGAAUGCUGCGAAAGCAAUUGGGCUAUUGGGUCGUGAUCCGGAGAGUGUUGAGGUUAUGAUUCAUGCUGGUGUUUGUUCUGUUUUCGCGAAGAUUCUUAAAGAAGGUCCUAUGAAAGUUCAAGCUGUUGUAGCUUGGGCUGUUUCUGAACUUGUUUCUAAGUAUCCUAAAUGUCAAGAUGUUUUUGCUCAGCAUAAUAUUGUUAGGUUGCUUGUGAGUCACAUUGCUUUUGAAACUGUUCAAGAACAUAGUAAAUAUGCAAUUGUUAGUAAUAAGGCUAUUUCUUCAAUUCAUGCUGUUGUGUUGGCUAGUGGUAAUAAUAAUAAUCCUGAUUCAAAUGAUGUGAAAAAAGAGAAUGAAGAUGAGGUGAAAAUUAAGAUGCAGCAUCCUUUAGGUGAUAAAUCUGCACAUCAGAUGCAUAAAGUUGUGGCAAGUACUAUGGCAAUGCAUGCUGCAAACAAUAAUAACAAGCAACAAACCAAUGAAGGGAGUAAAGUGAGUUUAAACUCUCAACCUCCGGUUCAGGUGGCUAGUAUUCCAAAUGGGAAUGGUAAUGGUAACACGAAGCAAGGCUAUUCGUAUUCUGGAAUUAACGUGAAGGGAAGGGAGCUUGAGGAUGCUGAGAGUAAGGCUGACAUGAAAGCAAUGGCUGCGAAAGCUCUUAGGUAUUUAGCUAAGGGUAACUCGGCGAUUUGUCGUAGCAUAACUGAAUCAAGGGCUUUGUUAUGUUUUGCUAUUCUACUUGAAAAAGGGCCUGAAGAAGUGAAGUACAAUUCUGCUUUGGCGUUGAAAGAGAUUACUGCAGUGGCUGAGAAAGAUCCUGAAUUGAGAAGAUCGGCGUUUAAGCCAAACACCCCUGCUUGUAAAGCGGUUGUUGAUCAAGUGAUUGAUAUUAUUGACAAAGAAGAUAAGAGACUUUUGAUUCCUUGUAUCAAGGUUAUUGGGAGUUUGGCUAGGACAUUCAGGGCAACUGAGACAAGGAUAAUUGGUCCGUUGGUUCGACUUCUUGACGAAAGAGAGGCUGAAGUAUCAAAAGAGGCUGCAGACUCACUCGCGAAAUUCGCUUCCAAUGAUAACUACCUUCACCUUGAUCACUGUAAGGCAAUUAUAAGCUUUGGUGGUGUAAAACCCUUGGUUCAGCUUGUGUAUCUUGGGGAGCCGCCAGUUCAAUAUUCAGCCUUGGUUCUGCUAUCCUAUAUUGCGUUGCACGUGCCAGACAGCGAAGAACUAGCAAAAGCUGAGAUUCUGGGAGUUCUUGAAUGGGCGUCUAAGCAACCUAACAUGGCUCAUGAUGAAGCUAUUGAGGCAUUGUUGCAAGAGUCCAAGAGUAGGCUGGAGCUUUACCAGUCUAGAGGUUCAAGAGGAUUCCAAAAAUUACAUCAAUAGGAAGAGUAAUUAGUUGUUGUUAUUGUUGUUGAUUGCGUGAGGAUUUUGAAUGAUUUGUAUCUGGUAUAUUGUUCUCAAAAAGAGUGUAUAUACAAUCCAUUGCCUUCUUCAAUUGUUCAGGUUUAUUUUCAACUAUGAGGAAGAUAAUUUGUUCUAGCUUUGGCCCUUUGGCUGAAUGUACCUAACCCCCCCAUAUUCCAAUGUCAAACAAUAAAUAUUUUGUUACUGUGUCUUUGUGAACAAGCUCCCAGUUGCUCUAUGCUUACAAUUCUUUUAAUAUAGCAAACCAAGAAUGUUGCAGGAAUUGAUAAAGAAGCCGGGCUCCGAAUCAGAUGCAAGAUUUCAACAAAAAAUGCAGUCGAAACACUUGGAAAAUGGUAUGAGUCAAUCAGGGUCAAAAACUGCUUGAUUACUCUAUAAGUUAGUCAUCUUUCACAAUGGUUUCAAUGUAAACUAUAUCAACAUUUGUUUAUUUUCUACAGCUUGUAACAUAUCAUUGCAUAAGAUGUUUGUUAGAUUA